CUGGCAGCGGUCACCGCAACAGUGUACGACAGGAUGAUGGCGCCGGCGGGCUGCCCUCCGGUGGAGGCGCGCGUCAAGGCUGGCAAGGCUUGCGACGACCGCAGCCAGGAGCCUCGCCAGGCCGCGAAGAACGGGGACGAGGCGGCGUACGCGGACGAGGAGAUGCAGGAUCUGGUUCGUGGGGCGCUGGCGGAGGUCUCGAAGUUGGAACUCCGAGAGAUGGGCCAGCUGGUGCGCGUGUUCAAGCUGGAGGUCCACAAGCCGCAGGAGGGCGUGCAGAAGAUGGCGCACUUCACGUGGGCCCUCGACCAUUCGCACUAUGCCGCCGACGACCUGAACGCGACCAUCCACUCCCUCUUCACGAAGGCAGGCGGCACGAG